AUCUCUUUUCUCCUCCAGUACGCAGCCGCCGCAGCUCCUCCUCUGGCUCGCCUCGCUGCCACUGCUCCUCCUCUCGGCCAAGCUAGUCCUCGUCCCCUCUUCUCUCCUUGUCCUCAUCUCCACCUCUUCCCCUCUUCCUUCCUCGCCAGCAGCAGCAGCACUAGGGAGCAGCGGCGGCGGCAAGCGAGCAGCAGCAGCGGAGUAGCAACAGCGAGCAGCAAAGUAGCAGAAGUAGGGAGCGCCGGCGGCGGCGGAGGAGCAGCAGCGUCAAGAUAAUUGAUUCUUGCCGGAAGGAACACACACACGGGCGUUGAUGGUGGACAUGGUGGAGCUGAAAUUUUGCACAAAAAGUUCAUUUGCCCCAGUGGAAGUGCUUUGAUGUUGUUUGAUUGAGCAGCCAACCAAAUCGGCUGAACAAAGCCUGAGCAACCAUUUCCAAGUGGCUGCACCCAGAAUCCAGUGUAGCCGGCGCCUCCACAGGUUGAACUAAGGAUCACGUAGGAUCCAGUGCAGAUCAUUUCCAAGUGGCUGCACCGAGUUCAAACCUGCAGGAAAGUAGAAGCUCUUUGAUUGUUAAAAACAUAUUGUUGCAAUACCUUCAAAUAGCCUUAGAUAAAGCACAAACUUCAACCCAGAUUUGAGCUUUUAGUUGUUUAUUAAUACACCCUAACCAGUUUUCGAACAUUAUUAGACUAAAGCACAAACUCCAACCCAGAUUUGAGCUUUUAGUUGUUUAUUAACACACCCUAACCAGUUUUCUGAAAUAGAAGUUAGUAAUAUACACCUUGAGUUGAGCUUCUCCAAUGGUGCCAUCAUCUUGCUCAAGCUGAUCUUUUUUUUACGAUGCUUCCCAUUUGCAAGUAAAAUGGAAGUACUUCAUAUUGCUUCCCCCCUCCUGAACAUGCUUCACUAUAGCAUGUUAGGUCCAUUUCAACUCUUCUUCUCUCAUAAGCUUAGUGGUCCGCUCAUCAGCAUCACUCUUGAUAGACCUUUCCGGCUUCCGCUGCACUCAGUGGAUUUAGUUCUGCCUUAACAUCCAGUUGAUCAAUCAACUGAAGUAAGCCCUCUUUUUCUUUCCUAUACCCCCCACUGAGACUACGAGCCCAUCCCUUUAGGAAAUCAAGCAUGCCUUUUCUCUACUUUGAUCAAGUCGCAGACUCCCUGCUAAUUAAGGUCAGUUUAUGCUAAAGGGAAACGAAUUAGUCUUAUUGACUGAUAAAACAAAUGAGAGAUGACAGUUCACACGUAUUGACUUCAAAAAGUCUCACUUGCUUGUCAAGUGCUAACAUGAACCCAUGUUAAUUGCGAGAUCCAUCUAAACAGAGUCACAAUUGACCUACUAAACUAAUUAUAAGGCUUAAGGGGUAAAUGACUAAGUGACCGUUUUGUUUGAAACCAACUGAAAAUAUUGCUGGAUACCCACUGUCAGUUCCUUCCAUAUGAGGGGAGAAAUUACGAAUUAACCAUCACAUUUGAUCUUGGUUUGUCUUUAUUCUGAUCAAGUCCUAGGCUCCUAGGUAACUAUACCGUCGGUCUAUGCUGAAGGGAAAGAAUUAGUCUCAUUGAACGAUAGACAAAUGGUAAGAGUACUAUUCACAAGUAUUGACUUCACAAGAAUUGCACAUGCUCGAUUGCUUGUUGCAAGAGCUCAUGGACCAUGGAAACUGUGAGAUCCACUCACACAGACCUGACUUGAGGAGAUACCUGUACAUGACCAAGUGGCUGGUCAAUUUUAAACUGAUCGGAAGUGCCGCUGGAUAUCAACUGUGGUCCUUUGAAGUGGCUAGAAAAAUUGAACACUGAGUUUUUUCUUCUUUUUAGAUGAGAAGGGAAAAUAUGAAACAAGCACAUUUGAGCAUAAUUUUGUUUACUUUGUUGAAGUCCCAGGCUCCUGGAUAAUCAGAGUAAUAGUAUAUGCUAGGGAAAAAAUUAGUGUCUCAUUGAAUGAUAAAAGAAAUGUGUGAUGAACUGAUGAUGACCAUCGAUUGAGUGUGAGAAAUAGCAUUGAUGAAAGAUCUAUCCACAUGGCCAAAAUAAUAUGAUUAUGGUGCAAGUCAACCCUGCUAGAUGCUGAUCCAGAUGUUGCUGGCAACUCACCAAUUGGGUGAUAUAUUAAUUCCACCUGGAGAGAGAAGACAAAACUUAGUUUCAUGCAAUACAUGGAUAUGCUGGCAAGCAUCAAAGAAUCUCGACUGUCAAUGUAAGUUGCAGAAAUGGAAAUGGUAAGAAAGAAUACAAGCUGCUCUCCUGAUUGCCGCUAUAUCAAGUGAUUGCCAAUGUAUCAGUAUAUCACUGUCAGCAGAAUAUCACAGGACCCCACCAUCAUCAGUAUAUCUAGACCAAGAAAUGUUGAAGAAUGACCUGUAUGGAAAGCAUUGUCAAAAUGGGCGAGAGCAGAGGAAGCAUCGCCUUCUUUGCGUGCUACAGGCCUCCGGUGCCCCUCGACAUAUUCUGCUGUCCAGCUCCAGCAUCAUCAAGGGAGGAGGAGCGGCACUUGACGGAUGGCGUGUCGUACAACUACAACUGCCAACCCAUUCCAUCUGCGGCCCUCAAGUCGAUCGUCAAGCACCUAGAUCUGGCUCCUGAAGACGUUGAAGAAGCCGCCAUCGAUUCGGGCCGUCUCACCGGCCUCGUCUUCGUCUCUGAAAGACAGCACCACCUCGAGACUCUUCAUAUAGGCCUGCGCUUCGAUGAUGGCGACGAAGUCAGGGUCUUCACCUUGGGGGACAUCUAUGGCGGCGACUUUUUCAGUGGUGCCCGUCUGGAGGACAGCGGCUGCAUCGCAGGAGGCUACGAGGUGGAUGGCCACACAGCUGACCAUUACCUCGUCUUCGUGUCCACGAAGGAGCCUGUGCAAGAACGCCGCAGCCCGUGGAAUGUCGUCUACAAAACUAAUCUCAGAACAGGCGAAACUGAGCGCCUCACUCCACCAGGGACAUCCGAUUUAAGCCCCUCGGUGUCACCAUCUGGGAAGAGGGUAGCAGUGGCUUCGUUCCAAGGAAAGAAAUGGGAUGGUGAAGUUAAAGACUUGCUGACAAACAUUUACGUGAUGGACCUAGAGAGCACAUAUCUGGAGCGCGAGCGGGUGAUCGAGAACGCUGGCUGGCCAUCAUGGGGAAGCGAAACAGUACUAUUUUUCCAUAAAAAGGUUGGGGAUAACUGGGGUGUAUUUCGACACGACUUGAGCACCGGCGAGACCCUCCGUGUGACCCCGGAGGCAUUCGAUGCAGUGACUCCAGCAGCCAUUGAUGAGAGCAGAGUGGCUGUGGCAACCAUCCGCCAGAAGUCUGUGUUCACCGACGUCCGUGUUGAAGCGCAGUACCGUCACAUCGAGGUUUUUGACAUGGGUUUGCCGGAGGAGCCACUUCAAAUCACUCGGUGUACCAAGCCAAAAGGCGACCAUUACAACCCCUUUGUAAUGGAUGGUGGCAAGUACAUUGGCUACCAUCGUUGCAAAAGCGACCAUCUCGAGCAUGGAGAUGAUGUCCCGAGGCGGUUCGACAAGCUGCAGUCCCAUCAUGAAGAUAUUGGUCUGUUUAGGGUUGCCGGUGCAUUCCCGGCAUUUUCCAAAGAUGGCUCCAAGCUUGCAUUCGUCGAUAACGAGUUCAAAGCCGUGUGGCUGGCCGAUAGUGACGGAAUGCGUGUUGUCUUCGAAACGGAUGGUCCUGAUGGCGUCUUCUCACCGGUGUGGAACCAAAAAAAGGAUAUACUUUAUGUCUGUAUGGGACCGUCUUUCAAAGCCAACGAAAUAUUGGAGAUCUACGCCAUCCCUCACGUAUCGAGUGGUGCACGAGAGCGGCGACUGCUCACGAAGGGAAAAUUCAAUAAUGCGUUCCCAUCCACCAAUUCAGACGGGACAAAACUUGUUUUCCGAUCGACAAGAAAUGGGGGAGACAAAAAGUACAAGAAUCUAUACAUGAUGGACGCAGAGAUCGGGGAGGACGGCGGUGAAGCGGAACGGAUAACAGAGGGGGAUUGGAUUGACACACACUGCCAGUGGUCGCCAGACAGGGACUGGAUCGUGUUCUCGUCAAACCGUGACAAGCCCGCGGACGCUCCGGAGCGCGACCAUGGUAUGGACCCGGGGUACUUUGCUGUUUACCUGAUGAACGCAAUCGACCGCUCUGUGGUGAGGGUAAUCCGGAGCGGGUACGACUUCUCCGGGCACGUGAACCACCCGGUCUUCAGCCCGGACGGGCGGAGCAUCGUCGUGACGGCAGAUCUUGCCGCGGUGUCUGCUGACCCAAUGUCGCUGCCGCUCUUGUUGCACUCGCAGAGGCCCUACGGCGACAUCUUCACCGUUGAUAUCGACCCGGAUGACAUGGAGAAGAACCAGGAUGUGGAGGAGUUUGCCCGAGUCACGCAUAGCAGGUACGAGAACGCCACUCCUGACUGGACCGUGUUCUCAACUCAUGACCCGCAUGCGCAGUGGAACCUCCUGGUCAUGGAGGAGGAGUACACCCCGGCGUGCCCGUAUGCGCAUCAUGAUGGGGGUGAAAGCUGGCACAUGACAGGUCAGAUGUGCAUCCCGAAAAGGGUCUGUUGAUCUUACGCCGCUAUGUCGGAAUGGCCCGGAUAACUGUGCCUGUUUCGCGCUUGGGCUCAUACUGUUGCCUGGAUUUAUUGCUUGAGAUGUAUUUGUAAUUUCUGUUUGGAUUGCUGUCUAUUUGGGUUGGUGUUGAGGUGAUUUGCCCGGACCAUUUGCAUUCUACACAUUUCAUCUUGCUGUAAUAUAUAAGGCUUCAGAGUUUUAUAUGA